AUAUAGUUACACAACCAUAGGAACACAACAGAAGAACAGCAUUACCUCAAGCUACAGAACAAAACAUGUUCGGCCAGCUAUCGCGCCGUGUGGCCGCCACAGCCGUCGCCGGGGCCAAUGCCAGCGCAGCAUCGCCUGCCGGCGCGAUCAAGCUGUUUUCGGCCGCGUUCGCCAGCGGCGGCAGCGGCAGCAGCGGCGGCGGCAGUGGCGUGAAGGACGCCAUUGACCGCGUGGCGGAGAAGGUCCACAGCGCCACGGAGAGGGCCAAGGAGGGCAUCAAGCACGCGGCUGACAGCGCCGCACACACCAUGGACAACCUGGCGGGCCGCACGCGGGAGGGUGUGGACAGCGCCAAAGCCGCCGCCUCCGAGUACAAGGAACGGGCCAAGCAGACCGCCAACGUAUACACGGCGGGUGCACGGGAGGGGCUGGAGGACGCCCGCCACACCGCCAGUGACGCCGCCGCCAGCGCCACGCAGGCGGUCAAGGACACAAUGCGCAACGCCCGUGACACGGUGUCUGAGACCCGGCAGGCCGCCACUGACCGCGCCGCGGACGCCUUCGCCUCCGCCACCAUGCCCACCGGCGGCGCGCACGAGUCCGCCUCAGGCAGCAGCACCAACACCAGCGGCGCCAGCAGCACUGGCGGCACUGACCCGCUGAGCGCCACCACCACCGGCCGGCCGGGGGUGGACGAGGCGGGCCGUGCGGCGGGCGAGGUGGUGGGCGAGGUGGGGGAGGCAUUCCGCUCUGGCAAGCGUGAGGGCCAGGACCGCGCCAAGGACCGGCAGCCGUGAAACGUAUGGCCUUCAAUCAAAGCAAGCCAUGGGGGCGAGAUGGUGGUUGCGUGUCGAUGCAAGUAAGAGGUUCGCUGCCGUUCCCUGUUGAAGCGCGGGCGCGGCGGCAGCAACUAGAUAGCGGCGUGGCAGCCCUAUCUCCGCAGGCUGUGGGCUGGCGGCGGGAUAGUCGGGGGCAAGCAAGCGUGCGUGUGCGCGCGUGGGCACGCAAGGCAGGUCAGGGGCAGGGGCGCCAGCUGUGGCGGCUGCGGCAAGGUGUGUUAGGGGUUAGGGCCUUAAGAGUUGAGUGAAGUUACAGUUGCUGGAGGCACUCCCUGCUGUUGGAGCUGGUAUGCUGGUGGGUAGAGAUAGAGGAGCUGGGGCUCUGAUGGUGUGUUUGCAGUGCUCGUGCAAACAUGCAGCCGCGUGUAACCGAGUCGGCCC